AGCACUGAAGCGAGAACUGGGUCCACUACUUCAGGAGUGAAAAUCAAUGUCUCCAGUUUGAUGAGAAGUUCACAUCAUAAAUGGCUUCAAGUUUAGUGCAUCACAAAGGAAGAACUGAAGAUAGGAUCAGUGGGAUGCCAGAUGCAGUUCUUUGCCACAUUCUCUCCUUCCUUUUCACCAGAGAGGCUGUACAGACCAGUGUUUUGUCUCAUAGAUGGAAGAAUGUGUGGGCUUCUGUUCCCGUUCUAGAUUUAGAUGAGGAAGAACAUGAUACGCAUAUAUAUCCCGAAGAUAACCCGGAUUGGUUUGCACAGUUUGUGACUCGUGUGCUUUUGUUUCGUUGCUCGGGAGACAUUCAUAGGUUCCGUCUUUUCACUAAGGGGAUGGAUGAUGUUUCUCUUGUUUAUGCUUGGAUUUCCACUGCCAUUAGGCGUAAUGUUGUGGAGCUUGAUCUUACUGUCAGCACACUUUCAGACCCAUGUUUUGAGAUCCCCAAAAGCCUUUUCAUGUGCAGCACAUUGGUCCAUUUCAAGUUGUGGCUGCAUGAAAAUAUUAGGGUCAUGACUCCUACUAGUUCAAAUUGUUUCCCGAGCCUCAAGUUCCUUCAUGUUACAGUUCGUUGUCCUGAUUCUGACUCAAUGGAGAAGCUCUUUUCUCGUUUACCUGUGCUUGAAGAGCUGAUUAUAGAUGGAGAGCUUAUAUACACAACAGCUUUCAAUCUUGACAUAUCUGCACCCAAACUGAAGAGACUACAAAUUGAGCUAAAUGUCCGUAAGUAUGGUAUGAAUUUUGCUGCUAAUGACUUUGUAUGCCAAAUUUUCGUUAAUGUUGAUGCUCCAAAUCUUGAAGAGAUAGAUAUCUGCUUUGAUGCUCUGGUGAGCUUUUCUUUGAAGAACGCCAAAUGUCUACACAAAGCGAAUAUAGGAUUCUUUUGUGUGCAAGAGCUUAAGAAGCAUGAUCGUUUCCUUGGCCUAGCUGAUCGCAUACGUCAGAUUUUCGCUGGAAUUUGUGAUGCUAAGUACCUGACAGUUAAUACUCCACUUCUGACGGCCCUUGACGUUGGACAUCAACAUCUUCUGCCUAUGUUUAAUAAUUUGAACUACUUGGAACUACAGCUUCAUACUUGUCGAAGUCUGCAAUCACUGGCAACUGUGCUCAAAAUAUCUCCACAUUUGGUGCAUCUGAAGAUAUCACGGAAUAGGAAACAGAUGUAUGCCAAUGUCGAUGAGGGUGAGCUUGAACCUGGAUGGGACGAACCAGAGUCUGUGCCUGUUUGUUUGAUUUCACACCUCAAGACUAUUUGCCUAUGGGAUUUUCAGGGGUGUCCAGAUGACAUGGAAGUUGCAAUGUACUUGGUGAAGCAUGGCAAGGCGUUGAAUAAGGUGACUAUUUCUAAUCACUUCUGUCAAGACAAAGAGAUCGAGAUACAGUCUCCUAUUGCCUUGUGGUCGAAAUUUUCAAAGUUCCCCAGGGGUUCCAAGACUUGUAAAAUUCAAUUUCAGACAAUCAUUUGA